AUGCUGCUGUGUCUCUUCCUGUUGCUGCCGCUGCCGCUGCUGCUGCUAACCGCUGCUUUUGUUUUUCCAGGCACUCCUGCUGUAACUACUGCUGCUACUUCUGUUGCAGUAACAGAUCUUCCCAAUGCUCCUUCUCCUGCACCUACUACUGCUGCUAUAAAAACCUUUAUUCCACAGAGAAACUAUGUAGAAGCUAGAAAGCCACAACCUGCUGUUGAGGAGACAGAGAAACAUGAUGGGUUAGAACUAGAAAAUGCCUCAAUAAUGGCUACAGUGAAGAACCAAAAGAAGGAAAUAGAACAUCUACAGAAACAUCUGCAAGACACACACCACAGCCUGGAACCCAGUCCCAGUUCGGCACCGACAGCUGCUCAGAAAAAUAAGAACAUUAGUAAGAAGCACACUUCGGUAAUAACUGAGAUGGAAAACACAAUAAAGAGCUUACAGUCUGAAGUCUCCAGACUUAAAACUUCCAAAGAGUCAAGCAAAAGAAAACUUGAAAAGUACAAGCAAUACUAUCUGGAAGAAAUAAGAAAUAAUAACUUAUUAUUAUAUGAACUAAACAGGAUUAACAACACCCAAGAAAAGUCCCAUACAGAACAUCACACGAAAUUUGAGCAAAACAAUUCUGUAUCAAAUUCACUGAAUACAAGGCUGAUUGAUAAAUGCUCUUGUGUGGAGAAACCUCCCCAAUUGGAAAUGGAAGAUGGGCAAAAUUUGGUGGAGCCAUCCUCAAGCUCAGGAUCUUCUCAUGCCUACAUGGCAUGCUCCGCAUGGAUGUCUGGAAAUAAUACAAGAGAACUAAGAGAAGAACUCAGUGACUUAAAACAACCCAAGCAACUUAGUUUGGAGGUGCAGAAAAAACAAAAGGGUGAUGUAGGAGAACCAGCUGGUCACAUUAUUGGAAAACCCUUUAAGAAGAUAAAUCAGAAACAUGAAAUUGGAGAAUGUGAUACCUGCGGAGAUUUUGAAAUCUGCCCAUCUGGAAUGAGCACUCCAGUUUCACUGAUGCAGUGCUCGGCACAAGCAACAGCUAAACCAUAUUCGGAAUUCUUAAGAGAGAACGACACAACUUCAACAACAAAUGUGACGGAAACCGAAAUUAGAAGACUUAAAUCUAUGCUCUCUAAAAUGAAAGUUAGCAGAGCAUUAAGUGCAUUGGAACUGGAACGAUAUAAGUACCUCUAUCAAGAAGAACUAGACGUUAGAAAAUCACUUCAGUAUUACCUAAACAAGAGUAACAAGAAUUUGGAGACGAGCAGGACAAAACUUCACAUGGAAACGCAGCCCCACAGAUCUGCAGUAAAUGCACAAAGCUCGAGGCCUUUCACCGAGAGCUCUUCUGCUGGCUAUUUUGAUAGCAUCCCAGGACCCAGAAUAAGUCUUCUUCCAAGAAAAACAAUGUCCGCAUCUUCCUCAAACUCUCAGCUAUCGACCAGUGGCCUAGAACCCUUCCUAGGCACGGCUAACUUCCAGGAAUUUAAUACCAGUGUGCCUGGGUGUGAUAAGGAGGCUCAGAGCUUGAAAAUGAGCUCCUUCGUGACAGCUUUAGAGCAAUGCUUGAAUUUAUGCGUCGUCCUUAAGAAAUUGCUGCCUCUCCCACAUACACCAAAACCCUUUGCAACACCCACCCUCACUGCAGCACUGAGCAACAGCCUGAAUGUGGGGUUAUUACAAAAGUGGCCACUGAGGGGAACCUACCGCGGUACUGCCCUCCCACGUUGCUAUGACGAUGAGACUGGCGGGCACACAGCCUUCAGAGCUAAGUGCCUGCUAAAGCAGGUGUCAGAUUGCGAUGAGCUAUGUGGCUUGGAGCCCCAGGAGUGUCUCUGGAAAGUCGGGCGACUGUUGUACUGCAUCUCUCUCGGACAGCUCCUUAACUCCACCGGAACAGGCAGAGUGAAAAUGGUCCACUACUCAGGCUCCAUUCAGUCCUUUAAACAGCAAAAAGGUCAGUGGGAAUUCUCUCCCUCCUCCCUGUGGGCACCACAUCCCGAUCUGCAUUUCCUUGCAGUUAUGCGGGAGCAUCCUUUCCACCUGUAUGUUGAAAACUAA